AUGUUGAUCCAGGAAUCGCACGUCGACGUCCCCGUCUCUGCCAAUGGCAAGGAUGGCUCCAUGCGAAUCUACGUCUUUCACCCGACGAUUCCGGGAUACCCCAAGGCUCGCUUCCCGGGUGUCUGUCUCUUCAGUGAAAUCUACCAAGUCACCGGCCCCGUGGCCCGCUUCGCCCGCCAGAUUGCCGGCCAAGGCUACAUCGUCGCGGCCCCGUCGUCCUACCACGACUUUGUCGGCCCCGAGCCUCUAGCCUACGACGCCGCCGACACGGACCGUGGCAACCAGUUCAAGAUCCAAAAGACCCUCGAGUCGUACGACGCAGACUCGCGCGCCACAGUCGACCACCUCCUCUCCCUCCCGACGUGUACCGGCCUCAUCGGCGCCACGGGCAUGUGUCUUGGCGGCCACCUCGCCGUCCGCGCCGCUCUCGACCCGCGCAUCACCGCCUGCGUCUCCUACUUCGCCACCGACAUCCACUCGCGCACCCUCGGCCCCUACGAGGCCCCCAACACGGCCGCCGCGCCACCCCCGGGCUCCGCGCACACGCUCGACAACUUCAAGCAGCUGCGCGGCGAGGUGGCCCUGAUCUUCGGCAUCAAGGACACCCACGUGCCCGACGCCGGGCGCGACCUCAUCCGCGCCAAGCUGCGCGACGCGGGCGUCGUCUUCAGCUUUCACGAGUUCGCCUGGGCGCAGCACGCCUUCAUCAGGGACGAGCUGAGCAAGGGCCGCUACGACCCGGCCAUCACAAAGGUCUGCUUCGAGGUCCUGCUUGAGCUCUUCGGCAGGGUUCUCAAGACGGACCUUGGACCCCGGGACGGGGCCGUUCCUCCCCCGGAGCACGUUUGCUGA